AUCUAUUACAAUCUCUGUGAAAUGAAAUGAUCAGCAAAUUUUAAUCUAUUGCGUGAAUGAUAAACUCUAUACACCGGAAACAAUAAUAGAAAAUUAUGACUGUGAUUGAAAGAGAAGGAAAAAAAAUAUAAAAUUCAUUUAUUAAUAGUUCAAUUCGACUCCUCCAGUUUGCCUGAAUCAAAAGGAGAGAAAAGAAAAUGAUAUUUGUAUCAAUCAGCGAGGAAUUAAAUUUAUUGGAAUUAAACCAACUAAGGACGAAGGAAUAAUGUCAUGAAGUGUGUUCAAGUUUUCUCUCUAAUUGGCUGUUCUUACCAACUAAUUAGUCUUUUUGUCAAUUUUUUUCGAUUUGAUGUUAUCUCGGUGAUAGAGUUUACAUUUCCAGAGGAAAUAAUAGUUCCCGAUGUUACCCUAUGUACAGAAUUAGUUCAUUCCGUAAAUUAUGAGACCUUUUAUUUAAAUCAUUCGUCAUUGAUCCCAUCUAAUUGUUCCCAUGUAAACAAUAGUAAUCAACUUCGUCAUUGUAUUCAAUCAAAUUUUGGAACGGUUCGAUUUGCUUCAUGGAUUGGUGAAAACUUUAAUGUAAAAACGUUCUAUUCUAAAUUGGCAAUCAAACCGGAACAACUUUUCACGAAUAUUAGUUUCGCGAGAAAAUCAUUGAGUCAAUCGAAUGUUCUGAAAGAGGGAAUUUGUACCAUCACACCUUAUAUUCGAGAUCCACUGUUAUGUUACACGAUUAAUUGUAAAAAUCGAACCAAUCAUUUGAUACUAAAUCAGAAUGAUUUAAAAGAAGCACCAAAUCUAGGAGCAAUUUACCUACUGCUUAUUAAUCAAUCGUUUUUUAACCAAUGGAACAAGACUUCAAUCUACUUUACACAACCGGGAAUUUUGCCCCGAGGGUUUGAAUUUUCGCAAAAAUUACUCGAUUCAAAGCCUUUUGAACCAAUUUUGUUCUUUGUUAGUUACUUAAGGAUCUACGUUAAGUUACGACCAUUUCCUUACCAAUCGAACUGUUUAAAUUACUCCAAGUUAUAUGGUGUCUCUCAUCGGAACGAAAGAUUCGAGAAUUGUCUUAAUGAUGAAACUUCCAAGAAAUUUGAGUCCAUCACUUAUUCAACAUUUAUCGAUGUUCAAUCUAAUCUAUCAUUCUCCAAUCAUCUUCGCUCUAAGCUUACUUUUAAACAGGAAUUCACGAAGAUCGAAGCUGAAUGUGCUACUAGGAUUAUCCACCCUGAAUGUGUCUCGAACUAUUUGAUACCGAUUAAUGUUGGUCGCGAAUUAUUCAAUAGAAAAUCCAAUUACAGCGGUUUCGUAAUAAUGGCCCCAAGUUAUCCAGAUCUUAGGAAAAAAACUAAACCUCGAAUUUCAUAUGAGGAUCUUUUUAUCUCCAGUGGGUCAAUAUUGAGUUUCUGGUUGGGUUUCAAUAUUCUUCAUCAUGUUGGUCAGUUUCUUUCGACGGAGAAAAGUUCAGGAAAGAUCGAAAACAAUUUGAAAAAGUCUAAAUUUCGAGCUAAAAUUGGGCGUCGAAAAAAGUUAUCGGGAAAAUGGAUUAACCAUCGAUUGGAUCAGCAAUGUAACUUGAAGGAUCAAGAAAAAUUCAGAGCUCUCAGAUCAUCAAUCCCAAAACUGAAUUGUUGAUUAGUUGUAAUUAAACUAAUCAAUUG